AUUGUUCUUCUAUUUAACUGCUAGUUACUUGUGUAAAACCGAGUUAGAAAUAAUUUGCAGCUUAUCAGUUAUUUUUGUGGUUAAGUGGGAACAUCAUGUUUUUCGUUAUUUUAGGGCGAAGGUUCGAACCCCUUCAGGGUCAAAUUGAAUUUUCUUGAUUUUUAAUUGGUUUAUAAAUUAUUUCCUACCUUUUUCUUGUCUUUUUAUCAAUUUUAUAAUUUUUUAAAUGUUCUCAAUUAAUUUUUAAAAUUAUUUUAGAGACCUAAAACCCGUUUAUUUCUUCGACCUUUAACAAAAAGUGGAAUGCCUCCAUCUACUCGUGAAGUUAAAGAAGCCCAAUAUGGCUAUGUUUAUGGUGUUUCUGGGCCUGUCGUAACGGCAGAGAAGAUGUCUGGAGCUGCCAUGUACGAAUUAGUCCGUGUUGGACACAAUGAACUUGUUGGUGAAAUUAUUCGUUUGGAAGGGGAUUAUGCAACUAUACAAGUAUACGAGGAAACAUCUGCUGUAACAAUUGGAGAUCCUGUUUUACGUACUGGAAAGCCACUUUCAGUAGAAUUGGGUCCAGGCAUUAUGGGUUCUAUUUUUGAUGGAAUACAACGUCCUCUACACGAUAUUGCACAGAUGACCCAAUCUAUUUACAUACCCAAAGGAAUCAAUACAAACGCCCUCAGUCGCACAAAACAAUGGGAAUUUAUUCCAAAACAAAGUCUACGUCCAGGGGAUCACGUUACUGGUGGUGAUAUUGUGGGGAUAGUUUAUGAGAGUGCGCUGGUUAAACACUCGAUUAUGGUGCCUCCAAAUGCUUGUGGAACAUUGAAGUAUUUGGCACCUAAAGGGAGCUAUAAUGUUACGGAAAAAAUCAUCGAAAUUGAAUUUUCUGGAGAUGUUCAAAAAUAUUCUAUGCUUCAAGUUUGGCCUGUCAGACAGCCCCGCCCGGUUGCCGAAAAAUUGGCUGCUAAUUAUCCACUUCUGUGUGGCCAAAGGGUUUUGGAUGCCCUAUUUCCUUGUGUCCAAGGAGGAACAACCGCUAUACCUGGAGCUUUUGGUUGUGGAAAAACAGUAAUUUCCCAAUCAUUAUCAAAAUACAGCAAUUCUGACGCAAUUAUUUAUGUUGGCUGUGGAGAACGCGGAAAUGAAAUGUCUGAAGUAUUACGGGAUUUCCCCGAAUUAACAAUGGAAGUAGAUGGAAAAACAACCUCAAUUAUGGAAAGAACAGCUUUGGUAGCUAAUACUUCUAAUAUGCCUGUAGCUGCUAGAGAAGCUAGUAUUUAUACAGGAAUUACGUUGGCUGAAUAUUUCCGUGAUAUGGGUUUAAAUGUUGCAAUGAUGGCAGAUUCAACUUCUCGUUGGGCAGAAGCUUUGAGAGAAAUUUCUGGUCGUUUGGGGGAAAUGCCUGCAGAUUCUGGUUAUCCUGCCUAUUUAGCUGCUAGAUUGGCUAGUUUUUAUGAAAGGGCUGGGAAAGUUAAAUGUCGUGGAUCGCCUGAUAGAGAUGGAUCUGUUACUAUUGUUGGGGCUGUUUCACCUCCCGGAGGUGAUUUUGCUGAUCCAGUAACUACAGCAACAUUAGGAAUUGUUCAAGUAUUUUGGGGAUUAGACAAAAAAUUGGCUCAACGAAAACAUUUUCCUUCAAUUAAUUGGCUUAUAUCUUACAGUAAUUAUAUGAGAGCAUUAGAUGAUUAUUAUGAAAAGAAUUUCCCUGAAUUUGUCCCUCUUCGUACAAAAUACAAAGAAAUUUUACAGGAAGAAGAAGAUCUCUCUGAAAUUGUUCAACUUGUAGGCAAAGCUUCGUUAGCUGAAUCUGACAAAAUUACUCUUGAAGUUGCAAAAAUUAUUAAAGACGAUUUUCUCCAACAAAAUGGUUAUGCACCUUAUGAUCGUUUUUGUCCGUUUUACAAAACUGUUGGAAUGAUGAAAAAUAUGAUUGCAUUUUAUGACUUUGCCCGUCAUGCAGUUGAAUCUACUGCACAAUCUGACAAUAAAAUUACUUGGGCAAUUAUUCGUGAUCAUAUGAAUGAAUUAAUUUAUGAAUUGUCUUCUAUGAAAUUUAAGGAUCCUAUAGUUGAUGGUGAGGAAAAAAUAAAAAAAGAUUUUGAUGAUCUUUAUGAGCGUAUGCAGGUGGAUUAUUAAUUUAAAAAAAUAAAAAAAAAAUUUUUUUUCAGACAGCUUUCCGCAAUUUAGAAGACUAAAAAUAAAUCACAAAUAUUCUGAAUUUAUAGAAAUUUUUUUACAAAAAUUGAAGUUGAGAGGAAAAAAAUUAAAAUUUGUGUG